UGCGUAGCAACCAGGAGACCAUCGCGACCCUCGAAUGCUUGGGGGGUGAGUGCACCAGGUUAAAGGGCGGGCGUGAAGGAGCUCGCCAGACGUCCGCGGAUUAUAUACGGCAGGGAACCUUGGCAGGACUUCUUUAGUACGCCGUAUACGGCACCCUCCUCGCCGCUGGCGGACGUUGACUGCCGCCGAUACCAUCGCUUCGUUCUCCGGCCACCGUGGCGGGCGCGCAGAGUGCCUGGCUAGUGACCGCACGAGCACGCAGAUAGGACCCCACGGGGCGGGAAGUAGACAGUUAUUUUGGCGCGUCUUCAGUCAUGGAGCAGUCAGAAAACACUGCCGGAACGUCGACACAGGUGCGCCCGCCGAUCCACAUGACGCCUACGCGAGCAGAUGACUCCAUUCUGAUGCAGAAAGUACGCAUCACCAACCUGCGAUGCUCCUGCACAAGGGCGGUGGCUUUGUGGCGAACUUGGGCAGGACGCUCUGCGGCGCCCCGCGCUACGGCCGACUCACACAUAUUUAUGCUCUGCGCGCUUUAGACUGCACGAAACCCCCAAUGGUCGAGCACAAGGAUG